AUGGAGUUCGCGGACCUUAUUAAAACGCCAAAGUUAGACGGAGUAUUUCUACAUGACCAUCUGCAUGCAACAGUUGAAGGAACACUUUGCAUUACAGGUCAUCAUCUGCUGUUGAGUGCGCGGCAAGAGAAUAGCCAGGAGCUAUGGUUGUUGCACAAGAACAUCGACUGUGUAGAGAAAAAGCCAUUCAUGGUACAAAACAUGGUGAUGGGCGGUAUCAUUACAUUGAAGUGCAAAGAUUUGCGCAUUAUUUCGCUGGAGAUUAAGUAUGCUAGGGAGUACUUUAACGUAGCAGCUUCAUUGGAGGCACUCAGCGCGCUACACAAUCCUGAACUUGAAUAUCCUUUUUUCUACCGGCCCAUGUAUACUAUACUUGAGGAUGGAUUCACUAUGUUUCGUCCUGAACUAGAGUUUGCGAAACUAAUUUCCGGUGCUGUCUGUAAUCUGCUAAACGGUAAUGAAAACGGUAGCGCUGGCGGCACAACACCUGGGGCUGUGGGCGGCUGCGAAUGGCGCAUAACGACUGUCAACAAGGACUUUAGUGUAUGUCCAACAUAUGGCACAACACUUGUUGUGCCCAAAUCUAUUACUGAUGAACAAAUUGUGCAAUCGGCUGCGUUCAGGGAUGGCGGCAGAUUUCCGGUGUUAAGUUAUAGGCAUGAAAAUGGGGCUACAUUAAUGCGCAGCGCACAACCACUCUCCAUGCAAGGUAUUAAACGUUGUAGGGCCGACGAGGCGAUACUUAACGUGGUGCUGGGACGCAGUAAAAAGGGAUUCAUCGUCGAUACUUGGGGUAAGGGUAAAUCGAAUACCGAAACAGACCAACACUACUCGCAGUGGAAGAAAGUGAAUCGCGCCAUUGGAAAUGUCUCAACACCAUCAGCGAUUUUGGAUAGUUUCGCCAAACUAAUUGAAGCUUGCAAUGAUAUAACAUGCUCGGCGGACAAAUGGAUAUCACGUUUGGAAGCAAGUGGUUGGUUGAGCCUUGUCCUGAAUUCGCUAAAUGCCGCAUGUGUGGUAGCACAAUGCCUCGAUCAAGAGGGUAGUCCAGUGCUGGUGCAUGGCUCUAAAGGUUUGGAUUCCGCGCUGAUUGUGACGUCACUAGUGCAGAUUGUACUUAAUCCUGAUUGUCGCACUGUACGCGGAAUACAAGCAUUAAUUGAGCGUGAGUGGAUACAGGCUGGCCAUCCAUUUGCGUCGCGUCAUCGGUAUGCUAGUUAUACGCCCGCGCAGAAUCGUCCCAAAAAUGCUGGUGCUUCGUUUGUGUUGUUGCUCGAUUGUAUCUACCAACUGUAUACACAAUUUCCCUGCAGUUUUGAAUUUAGCUCGCAAAUUCUAAUCUUGCUCUAUGAGCACAGUUAUUUCUCACAAUAUGGCACCUUUCUAUGCGAUUCCGAACGCGAGCGUCAGGAGCUGGGCGUACAUACACGUACAACUAGUUUGUGGUCAUAUUUAAAUCGGCCAGAUGUACUGAAAAAUAUGUUAAAUCCAUUGUACGAGCCAAAUCCAAGCGUGAUUUGGCCUAGCGUGGCGCCGAUCUCUUUAGAGCUGUGGAGUGAACUUUAUCUGCGCUGGACCCUUGAACAGAAGAAUAGCACACAAACAAUGCAACAAAUACAGGAAUUGGUCACACAAGAAAAGGAAUUGCGGGCAAAAGCAAUACGGUUACGCAAACAAGCCUCAGACUUGAGCCUUGAAAUCGAGGAACUCAUGGCUGCUGAUUGAUUGCCGCAACCAAAAGAUCCAUCGCAAUUCAUUACAAGUUUAGCAAGUAAUUGGGAUAUUACUGAUUCUUCAUAAAACUCAUUCAAAUGUCCCCUUUUGCUCUCUAACUAUAUCUCUUAAAACUGUUUUAUUGUAAAGUAUUCGAAUAGUCUUCGGACACAACAGGCAUCACAGUGGUGAAUAUGUGCACCAUUAAAUUGAGUCAAUUUUUGACGCAUUUUUAUUGUAAUUAAGUAUAGGUUUAUAAAUAGGAUAAUGAUGAAAUACAAAUUUAACUAAUAUUCCUUUUGGGAAGAAAUUUGAAGAAAGCUGUAAAUAAUAAUGCCAAUUAUACUUCUAGUAUUUUAAAAGCAAUGCAAAUUGAACCGUUUUUGAAGGAGCAGGUUGCAUCAAAAUCAUAUAUGUAUGUAUUUAUGUAUACAUAUUUAUUAAUAGUUUACUACUAAAGUUAACAUCGCGGUCACUUAAAUGGUGUACUCUUCUUUAUUCGAUUGAAAAAUUUCCAAACAUCGUAUAAAUCCUUUUAAAUAAAAAAUCGAGAAAAAAAUUCAUUCGUGACGAUUCUAGGUGUAAUUUUUUCAUGAACGUUCUACACACGACCGUCUGCCUUCUAGUUAAUACAUACCAAAUAUAAAAAAAAAAAAAA